CGGGGUAGCCUGCCCAACCCAGGGUGCUUUCACAUGCUUUGCCAAGAGUGGUCCCAGGCAUGACGUCACGCCUUGUUCUCUACACGCAUUCCCCAAUCCACACCCACAGGAACUGCUGAGACACUGGCGCAGCGGCAGAGCCUCGAUCACAAGGAAAGGGAGCCAUCAGCGACGAAAGACUCGGGGAUAAACUCAAUGGAGCACUGACACGUGCUGGAACCCGCCAGUACAAUCGCUUUCAUCACACACCACCACGCACAACACACACGCACACCAUGGAGGACCCAACCCGCGAGAUCGAGUCCGUGAUCCUGUCCCUGACGCAGGGCAGCCGCGGGGAGCAAGAGGCGACACUCAACACGUACUUCCUGCCCAACGCGUACUUCAUCCACCCGUUCUGCCGCGUGCCCUCGUUCGCGUUUGGCGGCAUUGACAGCGACCCGCGCGAGCAGCAGGUCACGUCGCCGGACCCGACACACAAGCUGUGGCCGCUCAACUCGCGCUACCUCGUCCAGCUUGUGUACCAGUGGUACAAGAUCCUCUCGCCCAGCAUCGCGCUCGUGGUUGACAGCGCCGCCUUCGACGCCAAGGCCGGGCUGCUGUACGUCACCAUCCGCCAGACCUUCACCAUCUGGGUCGUCCCCUUCAACCUGUGGCAGGCAAAAGUCAAGCUCGUCAGCGUGCUCGAGUUGGCGUCCCUGCCCGCGCCGGAGCAGCAGGACGGACGCCAUGCAUCAGCAUCUCGGAGCGGCGAGAACAACAACAGCAGCAGCAGCAGCAACAAGAACAACGCCAGCGGAGAGGUCAAGCUGGAAGGGAACGACGGAGAGGCGAUGCCCUCCUUUGCACAGGUCGCUGCUCCCGGUCCCACACCCGCACACCACAACAGCACGUUCACACCAUCCAACACGAUGGUGAAUGGCGAUAGACCUAGCCACAGCAGCAGCGGCAGCAAGAAGCUCUAUUACAUCAAGGGCCAGGAGGACCACUACCAGGUGGACCAGUGGCUCAAGUUUGUGUCGCCAUUCGGCCCGCUGUGGUUCCUCUGGCAGCUCUUUGCCACAUUCCUGUGUGUGCUUGGUGUCGCCGUGCUAUGGCCUGUCAGUGUGGUGGUCGAUUCGAGGAAGCAGAGGAGGGCGGGAGCCAAGGACAAGCGCGGUUGAAAGAUGGUCGCUGAAGUGGCGUCCUUGGUG